AUCAUUUCUAGUUGGUCCCACCAUGUACACUAGAGUGUGCUCCCUUGUUCCCUGUUCCAAAGUAGGCGCAUCGGCAUCGUCUUUCGGAAAGAGGUCGCCAUGAAUUAAGUGAAGCCUCCAAUAGCAACGCAAAACUAAAAACCAGUUUCGCCUCCCCGGUAUCGCGAUGCGUACGUUGACUUAGAACCACCCAAUCGGCUUCGGCAACGGUGACGUAAGCUGUCCAACGAGUCCGCCACUCGGACGAGUCUCGGCGAAGGUCGUCGUGCGCGUCCGCGAGGUUUUGCGCCCUUGUGUGUGAAGCCUCGCGGCAUGCGUUGCCUUCCGUUCGGCCCUCGCGCUCUCCCGCCCCUUCCAACGCCAAUCCGUCGGAUCAAGACAGGUUAGGUGGCAGUAGGGGUUUCCCACCCGAGAACUCCCUGUUCGAGGCCUGUUUUGGCACUAUCAAUGCGCGCUCGUGCUCUCGGGCUUCUCUCUCUCUCUCUCUCUCUCUCUCUCUCGCUCUUUUGUCUAUCGCUCCGCGUGCGUUGCUCUGGUCGGCGUACGAUCACGAUCUUGUUACGCUCGAAGCCUGCAGAACGGACGGUUGUGCGACUUAGUUUCUUACGUGAAGCCGGUCUAGUAAGGAUUGCGGUGACCUUACAGCGGAACAUCGACCGAACCACACCAGUUGUGUCACAACCACUGUUUGUCUGCCGGAAGAGUGCUAGCGAUGAUACGAUCGGAACGCAUUUUCGACACCAUCGCCAUCGUGGUCUGCUUUGGGUUGCUUAUCGCAAGGUGCUGCUCUCUGCCCGCCACUGAUAUUGCACCGAAGCUGCACAACGCCCAGCAAAACAGGACGGAACUGUUUGCGUACCCCGCCGAACAGUCGGCCGUCGAAUCGAAGCAAAACGCACGGAACCGUACGCCCAUCUACAUACCGAAGCAAUGUGCAGAGAACGAGAUCCUCUAUCCGGGUGACCACGAGAACGAUUGGGUUUGUGAUUGUAAGCCAACGUACGUGUACCAUCCGCAAACGCAACAGUGCUACCAAAUGUACACCAAAGGAUACUGUCCGGCCGGCAAUGUAAUUUACAUCGAGCCGAAAGGAAAAACCCCGGUCUGCCUGCCGAACCAGUGUCCGGACGGGACGGUGCGCUUUAUGAACGUGUGUGCCGUGCUCAACAAAGAGCACGCGCUGUGCCAUCUGGCCAACCUUAGGAUGGUGGUGGGAAUUAACGAAGAUACGCACGAACUGGAGUGUGUGAACAUUUCCGAUGUAGCGUUCAAUCGGACCUUGAUCAACAACAGCAACAAUACGCGGGAGUAGCGCGUGUGUUUUUGUGUCUGUGGUGUGGGCGCCCGGUCGGCCCGGUUAGCCCGUUUUUGGAGAGAAAUAUUUGCCAAUAAAAUAUGCAUUUGAGCCAAGUGAUUGAACGUAACGCCGCACGUCGUAACA